AAAUGAACAUUGCACUGGAGUAAAAGGUUGUAUUGUCCACGUGCCAGGUUUUGGCCUUUGUGACGUUUCUAUGUACAUUUUUAGGUUACUAUGGCAAAGAAAAUAAUGCAGUAUCAAACAAGAACAACAUUGAUUUGAAGAAUGUCUCGAGGAGCCUACGAGAAGAGAUUGGAGGAGGCGCAAUUGGAGCUACAAGUUCCCCAGUGUUACAAAUGGACAAGAGAUGAAGUGGCACAGUAUAUAUGCUCCAUAGGUUUUCCGCGUUACCGUCAUUGUUUCUACGAUAACUUCAUCACAGGGCGUAAACUUAUUCUCAUGGACGCCGAUCACUUACCAAAGAUCGGAGUAAACGACUUUGAGCAUGUGAAACUGAUUGCUGGUGCAAUCCGUCGCCUACUCGCAAUCGAAGACCCUUAUUGGAAUCGAAAAAUCUACAAAACGCCGAGAGAUUCAAUGGCAACUUUUCUGGACGAAAAACGUUUCACCGGCAGGUCAAUUGAUAGAAUGACAUAUGUUGAGUUCCGUAGACAGAGAGGGCACGAGGUCGAUUUCGAACUCAGAUAGUCAGAAGCAAUAUAAAGGAAUGCUAAAUACAUUUUGUAAAUUAAAAGAGUUCAUAUAUUUUGCAGUACCCUACUUUAUGGUAUUUUACAUAUAUGAUCCCGUAUUGUGCAAAUAAUUAAUGGAUCUUACCCAAGGUCAAUGAAUUACCUUAUCAGUUUUCCUAGCCCUUUAUCAUGUGGCCUAUAUUUAUCAUGUUUUGUCGCAAAAUAUAGUAUGGCUAUACUGUAAUUUCAAUGGCCAGAAAGAAACGCACUUAUUUUGAUAUUUAAUACCAUUUGGACUGAAAGUAACACAUAAUGUGAAUCAUAUUCUUCUAACACAUAAUGUGAAUCGCAUUCUUCUAACACAUAAUGUGAAUCACAUUCUUCUAACAACUAAAGUGAAAAGCAUGUAAAUAAUUCACCAUUGCUCCCCUACAUGUAAACCCAUGCUGUUAUCAAUCUAGAAUAUGACAUAACGUUCUUUUAAAUGGCAUAGAUUGUAAUGUAACAUUUUUUGCUUUAUUAAUAUCUAAUUUGGAAAUACAUGUAGGACAAAUUGUAACAAGCAUUAACAUGCAAAAUGUCACUACCUGCC